CGACAUUUUUCGCUUCAAUAAAUUUUCAUCGCCACCUUUCUCUCCCCCCCUCCUCAAGUCUCCAGCACUAGCUAGCACACGUGGCAGCUCAAUGGAGGAGCAGCUGGUAAAAGCUUCAGCUCACGGCGCCAUGGCGUCCGGAGCCCUGCUUCUCCCGCUCGCCGCCACCCUGCUUCUGUUGUUCCUCCUGCACGACUGCUGGUUCUCGCCAGCGCUGAAGCGGCGCCGCCUCCGCCUGGCCGGCUUCCGCGGCCCGGCCCCGUCGUUCCCGCUCGGCAACCUGCCGGAGAUCACCGCCACCAUGGCCGCCAUGCCCCCCUCCUCUGCUUCCGUAUCAAUCGGCAGCGCCGACAUCCACGGGGGCGUGUUCCCGUACUUCGCGCGCUGGCGCGGCAGCUUCGGGAAGGUGUUCGUGUACUGGCUGGGCACGGAGCCCUUCGUGUACGUCUCCGACCCGGCGUUCCUGAGGUCGGUGGCCGGCGGUGCCCCGGGCAAGCUUUGGGGAAAACCCGACGUGUUCCGGCGCGACCGGAUGCCGAUGUUCGGGCGCGGGCUCGUCAUGGCCGAGGGCGACCUCUGGGCCCGCCAUCGCCACGUCAUCGCCCCCGCCUUCUCCUCCACCAACCUCAACGACAUGGUGGGUUUGAUGGAGGAGGCGACGGAGAAGAUGCUGUCGGAGUGGACCGCUUUGGCGGCGAACUCGGCUUCUUCGGCGGUGGUGGACGUGGAGAGGGGCGUGGUGAGGAACGCGGCGGAGAUCAUCGCCAAGGCCAGCUUCGGCAUCUCCACCACGGACUCCGACUCCAACGACGUCGGCGCGCGGGUGUUCGAGAAGCUCCAGGCCAUGCAGACCAUGCUGUUCAAGUCGAACCGCCUUGUCGGGGUCCCGUUCGCCAGGCUGCUCCACCUCCGCAAGACCUUCGAGGCCUGGAAGCUCGGGCGCGAGAUCGACGCUUUGCUACUCCACAUCAUCCACCGCCGCCGCCAUAGCCAAAGCCAUGACACAGCCUCGAAGAAAAGGAAAGACCUUCUGUCGCUGCUGCUGCUGGCCGGGAAUAACGGGAACGGCAAGCAGCAGCAGGAUCAGAGGACGAUGACGGGGCGGGAGCUGGUGGACGAGUGCAAGACCUUCUUCUUCGGCGGCCACGAGACCACGGCGCUGGCCGUGUCCUGGACGCUGCUCAUGCUCGCCGCCCACCCGCACUGGCAGGACGCGCUCCGCCAAGAAAUCCUCGAGUUCAUCCCCACCAACGAAGGUACCCAGCUCGAGGCGGCCAAGCUCGGGAAGCUGACCAAGAUGGGGUGGGUGCUCAACGAGGUGCUCCGGCUCUACCCGCCGUCCCCCAACGUGCAGCGCCAGGCCCUCCACGACAUAACUCUUUCGUCGCCGGAUACGGAGAAGAAGACUGUGAUCAUCCCGAGGGGGACCAACAUGUGGGUGGACGUGGUGGCGAUGCACCGGGACGAGGCGCUGUGGGGCACCGACGCGAGCGAGUUCCGGCCGGAGCGGUGGGCGGCGGGAGGGGGGUGCGGGGACAGGAUGGGGUACCUGCCGUUCGGGUUCGGGGGAAGGGUGUGCGUGGGAAGGAACCUCACGGGGAUGGAGUACAGGGUCGUGCUCGCCAUGGUGCUGCGGCGGUUUGAGCUUUCCGUGGCGCCUGAGUACAGGCAUCAGCCUAGAGUCAUGCUCUCGCUCCGGCCUGCCAACGGCAUCCAGCUCCUCCUCACGCCGCUGCCUGCCGCUGCUGCAUCCAACAACAACACAUCCACGGAUUAAGCACUAUCCUAUCCCUAUAUAUAGCAUGAAUGAUUGCGCAUUUGCGCAUACUGCUAGAUUAGUAAUUUGAUUGAUACAGAUGAGAUGAUUCAAGCAAGUAGUGUGAUGAGUGGCACUGCAUGCGGUUGUUUGCAUGUGAUUGAUUGAUUACGUGGAGGUUGCUGGACUGAUCGUGGGUGGACUGGGUUGACCGAGUCAGCGACCCAACGAGCAGCACGCAGCUGCAGGGUAUACGUGGCGUGGCUACGAAGAUGGAUACGCAUGGCAGCAUGCGCGUGCAACUGACCUGGUAUCAUCGAUCGUGCGGGGAUGUAAACUUGGGGUUCGUUUAAAUUCUCCCUAACUUUUCUUUUUGAUCACUUAGCUAUGUGAUGACCCUGUAACUUAAUUAAAG